ACUGGUUCGGGUCCAGGUUUUGCUUUGAUCCCUUUCACAAACUGGAGGCGCACAAGCGGGCCCUCGGAGAAAGUCUCGGAGGCGAUUAUGUGGAAGCUACCCCGCGAGCCCCUGCGGCCCGAGCAGGCGCGGCGCGUCCAGCCCGGCGCGGCCCUCCCCCGGCGGCGCUGAGCCCGACCCGGAGCCCGGCUUCCCCAGUGCCCGCCGAGAGCGCGCUCGCCCGCCCAGCCCAAUGCUCCUCCUCGGGCUUCUCCUGCUGACAUCCGCCCUGGCCGGCCAGAGACCCGGGACUCGGGCUGAGUCCCACCUGAGCAGUAAACUCCAGCUCUCUGGCACCAAGGAGCAGAACGGAGUACAAGAUCCCCAGCAUGAGCGAAUUAUUACUGUGUCUACUAAUGGAAGUAUUCACAGUCCGAGGUUCCCUCAUACUUACCCGAGAAAUAUGGUCUUGGUGUGGAGAUUAGUAGCAGUAGAGGAAAAUGUGUGGAUACAGCUCACAUUUGAUGAAAGAUUUGGGCUCGAAGACCCAGAAGAUGACAUAUGCAAGUACGAUUUUGUGGAAGUGGAGGAGCCAAGUGAUGGGAGUGUAUUAGGGCGCUGGUGCGGUUCUGGCAGUGUGCCUGGAAAACAGAUUUCUAAAGGAAAUCAAAUCAGGAUACGAUUUGUAUCUGACGAGUAUUUCCCUUCGGAACCGGGGUUCUGCAUCCACUACAGCAUCGUGGUGCCGUUCACAGAAACCGUGAGUCCUUCAGUGUUGCCCGCCGCGGCCCUGCCCCUGGACCUCCUUAAUAACGCGGUCACUGCCUUCAGUACCUUGGAAGACCUGAUUCGGUAUCUUGAACCAGACAGAUGGCAGUUGGACUUGGAAGACCUGUACAGGCCAACUUGGCAACUGCUGGGCAAAGCUUUUGUUUUUGGGAGGAAGUCCAGAGCGGUGGAUCUGAACCUCCUGAAGGAGGAGGCGAGGCUGUACAGCUGCACGCCUAGAAACUUCUCGGUGUCCGUCAGGGAGGAGCUGAAGAGGGCGGACACCAUCUUCUGGCCGGGCUGCCUGCUGGUCAAGCGCUGCGGCGGGAACUGCGCCUGCUGCCUGCACACCUGCAGCGAGUGCCAGUGCGUCCCCAGCAAAGUCACCAAGAAGUACCACGAGGUCCUUCAGCUGAGACCCAAGACGGGUGUCCGGGGUUUGCACAAGUCCCUGACCGACGUGGCCCUGGAGCACCACGAGGAGUGUGACUGCGUGUGCCGAGGGAACGCGGGAGGAUAACGGCCCCGCAGUCCAGCCAGCGCGGGCUGGGGCUGCCUCGGGGGACAGGGCCCGCACCGGCCUCCGGCCCCCUGCCCGGUGCUUCUCCAGGGCCCUUCCAUCUGCGGGGCCUACAGGCGAUCCAAGGGAGGAGGCGGCCCGCGGCGUCAGGGCUCUGGCACCCGCUCUUUGCAGGGGAUGCUCGGAUGCUGGGAGGAGCGGUCCAGGCGUGGAAAAGGAUGCAGGGCUGUCGGCCGCUGGCCAGUGGCCCGUCCCCACGUGCUCCCUGGUCUCCAGGCGGCUGGCGUUCACGUCAGCACAGGAGAAACGCGUGGCCCCGAGCACCUGAUGCUGUCACCUCGCUUAACUCUCCAAUUCUGAGCUCUGGGCCUAAAACGACGGAAAUCUGGGAUUUUCUUCUUCUAUUCACAUAUAUAAGCCAGAGUGUUCUAUGUCCCGCCAGUGUGGGUUUUAAAAAGGAACUCUGUUGCCAUGAAUUAAGCUUCUGUCACCCUGAUAAGAAAGACUGGAGUUUCCACAUUUCUUAUUACAGUUUCUACCACUUAGAAGCAGAGAACUACAUUCAUGGCCAGGAAGAGACAGCUUUCAGAAGAGUGGCCUUAUUUUCACUUUAUAAGUCGGUUUAUUUGUUUCAUUGUGUACAUUUUUAUAUUCUCCUUUUGACAUUAUAACUGUUUGCUUUUCUAAUCUUGUUAAAUAUAUCUAUUUUUACCAAAGGUAUUUAAUAUUCUUUUUUUUUUUAUGACAACCUAGAUCAACUAUUUUUAGCUUGGUAAAUUUUUCUAAACAGAAUUGUUAUAGCCAGAGGGACAAAGAUGAUAUAAAAUAUUGUUGCUCUGACAAAAAAAAAAAAAUACAUGUAUUUCAUUCUUGUAUGGUGCUAGAGCUUAGAUUAAUUUGCAUUUUAAAAUACUGGAGCGGGGAAUGGAUAGAAUUUGGUAAGUUGCCAAGACUGUUUGAAAAUAAAUAAAUUAGCCUAUCAUUCACUUGGAUCAUUGGAGGCGCCAGUAAGAAGCAGCACAUGGGAACAGGUGUCUAAAUCCAGGCAUUAAUAAUCCCUAACCCUUAUUUUGGGAAACGUGAGCCUAGCUCAGAAGAUCGUAAAGCACCUUGAAAAAAGAGACGUGACAGCUUCCUGACAAAGCGAUUUGCUGUCCUGUAGGAACACGUGCUAUUUAUUGUGACGUUCUGGUUAGAUUAUCUUUAAACUCAGUUCCAUACACUUGUAUAAAUACAUGGAUAUUUUUAUGUACAGAAGUAUAUCCUUUAACCAGUUUGCUUAUUGUACUCACCAGCAACUGAGAGGAAAAUCAGUUAAAUACUUUGCUUGUAAAAUGCUUAAUAUUGUUGCCUAGGUUAUGCGGUGACUAUUUGAAUUAAAAAUGGAUUGAAUCACCAAAUAAAAGAAUGCAGCUAUUCUAGGGAGAAACUGAGUGUGUGUUUGCAAAAUCUGUCUCUUAAACUCCAAGAAAAUAAAAGUGACAAAGUUUUGUGUUACCAAGAUUUUUAUUACACAAAAUUAUUUUUAUUACACACAAAAAAAUUAUUACGCAAAAAAAAAUUUAUUGUGAGAAAAAACUUUAUCAAUUCAAAAAAUAGGCAGAAAAGUGAGCCCUUUCAUUAAAACUUUGCUGUCUCUUGGCUUCAGGGCUUUUGAGCAGUAGUUUUGUUUUUCUCCAUCAUCUUGAUGCUGACUUUUUGGUUAAAUUAAAUGGCAGCGACUUGGAGUUGUGUGUGAUGAAUGAAAUGCUUGGUGAUAGAUCGUAUGGCAGUGUGAGACUGGGGGAGAACCCUGUCGCCUUCCACUCAUGUCUUCAUUAACAAGGGCUGAGACUAGGUGAGGUGAGCGCAGGUCCGUCUCGAAUAUGAACCCACACGCUGUACCCAGGACACCUCAAGGUGGGUGCAGCAGUUUCAGAUGCAGAUCACUAGACAGGCAGGUGUAUAGGCAGGUGUCUUCAGUGCCUGAGCCUUGCCUUUGACCUUGCCUGCCACUUCUCAGUUUUGAAACUUACUGCAAAGCCAUAGAAACAGUGUGGUAAGGCUAAUAAGUUUACGCAUGCAGAGAGAAUUGAGAGUCCAGAAAUAAACCCUUACGAUUAUGGUCAAUUGAUUUUGACAAGGGAGCCAAGACAAUCCAAUGGUGAGAGAGUAUUCUUUUCACCAAAUGUUGCUGGGACCACAAGUUAUCCACAUGCAGAAGAAUAAAUCUGGACCCUUACCUCACACCAUACACAGAAAUUAAUUCAAAAUGGAUCAAAGAUCUAAAAUACAAUUGAUAAAACUGAAACUCUUAGAAAGGAGAAAACUCUGAUGGCCUUAGAUCAAGUGGUCAUCUCCCAGCUAUGACACCGAAAGCACACAUGGCAAAAAGAAAAAUAGAUAGACUGGACAUUCUAAAAAUUAAAAAAAAAAAACUUGUGUACUUCAUUGGACACCAAAAAGAAAAUGAAAAGACAAACCGCAUAAUGCGAGAAAAUUUUGCAAUUCAUAUUCUGAAGACCGUCUAUUUAGAGUAUGUAAAGAACUCUUACAGCUCAACAGUAAAAAGGUAAGUAAUUCAAUUGAAAAGUGAGCAAAGGGCUUGAUUACACAUUUCCAAAAGAAAAAAAAAAUACACAGAUGGCCAAAAAGCUCAUGAAAAGGUAGUCAGUAUUAUUAGUCACUAGGGAAACACAAAUUAAAAUCCUGAGAUAAUCACUUUACUCCCCCUGGAAUGGCUAGAAUCAAAAAGGCAAACAAUGGUGAGGAUGUGGAGAAAUUGGAACCCCAUACAUUGCUGGUCUGAUUGUAAAAUUUUGUGGCCAUUUUGGAAGACAGUUACUCAGUUCUUCAAAAUGUUAAACCCAGAGUUAAUACGCAAAUCAGUAAUUCCACUCCUAGGCAUGUAGUUAAGAAAGUUGAAAAUCCUGCACAUGAAAGUUCAUAACAGUUUUCAUAAUAGUCAAAAAUAGAAACCACCCAAAGGCCCAUCAACUAAUAAAUGGACAAAUAAAAUGUGGUCUACCCAUACAAGUGGAGUAUUUGUAAGCAAUAAAUUUAAAUGAAGUACUGAUACAAACAGCAUGGGUGAACCUGGAAAACAUGCUUGGUAGAAGAAGCUAUUCCCAAAAGGCCACAGAAUGGAUAAUUCCACUUAUGUGAAAUGUUAAGGACUGACAAAUCUAUCAAGGAAGGAAGUAGACUAGUGUUCUUCCCGCAGCUGGUGGAAGGGGUAAAUGGGCAGUGACUACUAACAGGUUUUCUCUUUGGAGUGAUGACAAUAUUCUUAAAUUAGAUAGUGGUCAUAGUUGUUUGAAUAUGCUACACCUCCUGAAGUAUACACUUCAAAAGGGUGAAUAUUUUUGUAUUUGAAUUAUACCUCCAUGUAGUCAUUUCUUUUUAAUUAGAACUCCAGAAUUUUUUUCAUUCAUAUACUACAGUAUUUAAGAAACAAAGCCCCUCCUCCUGAAAAAAAAAAAAAGGAAUAAAAUAAAAGAAAUUAUCUAAAAUGCAGUCACCUAGUCCACACCAUCUCUGUCCACUCUCUGGUAGUGUCGGUGCAUAGAUAAAUGAGUGGGCAGUGUGAUGGAAUUCCCAGGCUCACAUUGGUCCCUGGUAGUGACAGUUAAUGUCUACACCUUUGCCAUGGCUUAAUGGUGGUUGGGGGAUGUUUUCUCAUUUGAAGUUGGUCUUUGCCUCAUCUUGGUCUAACCAGCAGGAUGAAAGUGCCUUGACAAUUGCCGUAUGCUGGCACAGGUGGGUCUGGUCUCUUUGCUGUCAUCACCAGGAGAAAAAAAUGGUCCAGAGAAACAUAGGUCCCAGAAGACUCCUGCCACAGAUCUGAACCCAGUCCCUGCCAUGGGGUCACGUCCUGUGGAGUCCAGGCAACCCCCAAGCUCUUGGCUGAAAAAUGGAUGGUUCUUGUUGUAAGCUGCUGGCAGCUUGAGGAUGUUUGUUAUGCAGCAUUAACUGACAGUGGUGACCAAUACAUAUUAUUUCCUUUAAGAUAUUUUAGUGAAACUUUCAUAUAUACCUUCACUUGGAACUUUUGAACAACAAAAAAAUUGAAAUGGAACAGAAAAAAAUGUACUUUGAAAAUGUUUUAUCAACCUAAGAGAUAGCCCUUCUAAACAUUCCCACUAAAGUUGUGAAAAAAAAUGAUGCUGAAAACAUUAAAAGCACAGAAUCAUUUGCUAAGCACUGGAUUCUAUUUCAGUCAGUGUCUAUUGUUUUGUUAUUAAGAAGAGGAAAUAAGCACUUGGACAUACAGCCCACCUCUUAAGUACUAUCAUCACUGUUGUUUAUUUAUUUUGUGUUUUAAUAAACAUAUAAGUAAUACAAAACAUUAAAAACCAUUUUACAAAAAUGUCUCAUGUUUGUAUUUUAAUAAACUUUUAUAACUUGAAGCACUUUGGGAAA